AUGAAUACUGGAGUAAACGAAGAUGAAGAUGAUGAAGAGGAUGAAGAGGAUGAAGAGGAUGAAGAGGAUGAAGAGGAUGAAGAGGAUGAAGAGGAUGAAGAGGAUGAAGAGGAUGAAGAGGAUGAAGAGGAUGAAGAGGAUGAAGAGGAUGAAGAGAUGAAGAGAUGA